UUGUGAGAUCAGAGGGUAAGUAGGUAGGAAGAUCCUUACAAUACAUUUUUUUUUAUUUACUACUUUCUAAGCAAUUAUAAAAAUUGAGGUAAGACAGACAUCAGCAACCAAUAAAAAUAAUGUGAGUCAAGUUUUCUGCGGAGUUAACGCCACGCCACUCGGCCGACGGCCACGGCACAAGUGCUACAACAAUCGAGGAAAGUUCCUCAACCAUCUGGAGGACUGUAAUGGAUUCUUUAGAGAGGCAAGGGAGUUUUCCCAGAGACAAGAGCGAGGAUACACUUUUAAAGUCCCUGGACAGACUGGAACUAAAAUAUGAAGGAGCAUUGCAAGAGUGGCAACAGAUCUUGAAAGUGGUUCAGGAGAAGGAUGUUCCACAAUCCCCAGGAAGCAGCAAGCCCCUUCCUAAGCGACUUCCAAAACUGGCUAUGCUGAGUGACAUUAAUGGAAGCUUGCCAGGUGAAGCGGCUAUUAGGAUGAAGCUUGUGAAGGUGGUGAGUCAGUGCAAGAUGCAGGAGAUGCAGGUCAGGGCACUGGAACAGACCCUGCAAGACCAAAAAAGAAGUUAGCAAUGGAGAAAAACCAACACACGCAAUUACAACAACAACUCCAAACUGUAUUACACAGGAAAGAGGAGGCACAAAAUUUAACACAAAAAGUAAAAGCCAACUUAGAGAGAGAAUCACCUCUUGCUGAAAUUGCUCAGAGGGCACUGGCAGAAAAUGCAGAAAAAUUAGCAAAGAUAAAUGAGGAAGUUGUGAAGAUAAGAAGAGAAGCCAUAGAUUUGGUGCAGGCACAUCAAAUUAUAAAUGAGCUGCAGAGACAAGUGGAUGCUUCCUGCAACAGAGUCACAACCUUGGAGGAAAAAAAGACACUGGCACGGGGGAGGAUGAGGAGUUUGCUUGCAGAGGAAACCAUACUUUCCCAAAAUAUGAAAGCUUCUGUCACAAAGGUAUGUGCUGAGCAGAAAGAACAUGCAGUUGAGAUGAAUGAGAAGUUUCAUAUUUUGUGGUCCAAUGUAGAGCUGUUGUUGGGGUGCUGUGAUAUGCUUCUGAAACUGACAAGACCUGAAGUAGAGGCUCUCAAAUUAGAUGGUCACCAAGCUGAUGCUUCAAACAGAAUACAGACAGUUAGCUCCCAUUCUCAGGUUGAAAUUAGAGAUGAUCAUUCCCAAGUUGUAUCUGCAGAAGCCCAGGCUGAUAUCAGUCAAGUGCACUCUCUUGGCCAAGAUGUAACUCAGCAUGAAGAUUUUUCUCAAAGGGUAGAUUCACUUGCUAGUAGUCUAACUGAAAGAGAUCAUAAGAACCAUAUUUUAUCUGUGGGUGGUGACAAUCAGCUUGAUGGUGGGAAUACUGAAGUUUUUUUGGAGCCCAUUGCUGAUGAAGAUCAGCAUGAAAGAGAUACUGUUACAGAUAAACAAGAUAUUGAGAACCAUAUUUUAUCUGUGGUUGAUGGCAAUCAGUUUGAUGGUGAAAAUACUGAAAUUUGUUUGGAGGCCAUAGCUGAUGAAGAUCAACGUGAAAGAGAUGCUGUUACAGAUAAGCAAGAAAUGGAACUUUUUGAAGUCCAGUCUGUUGAAAAGCAAACUGAAAUUCAGAUUGAACAUCCACUUCUAAAUCAGACUGAGCUUGAUUUAAACACAGAACUACUCCAUGAAAGCCCUUCAGCUGUUUUGACACAAAAUGAGAGAUCUUAUAAAGCUGCAGAAAACUUACCUUCAUCUGAAUCUAAUCAAAAAGAUGUAACAGCUACUUCAGAAAUUCAGUUAGAACAUGAUAUUUUGCAUACAGACACAUCAGUGAAUUUUGCAGAAGUGCAAUGCUCUCCUUGUUACAGUGGAAAUGAGAAAUGUUUUUUAACAAACAAAGAUCUGCUAGACACUGAUGGGGCUUUUCAAAGCAGCCUGUCCUCUUCAAUUGCUUCCCAGAAUAACCAGCCUAUAGCAAAUGCAGCUACUCCACAAGUCUGUAACACAGUAAGUACAUGCACAUUAACAAGCAACUUUUCCCAGCCUUAUAUAUCACAUGUGUCAGCUUCCUCAUCACUUAAGACAUUUGCUGUCAGUCAAAUAGAAAGCAGAACAUCAGAUGAAAACACAAUUUCUACACAUACAGAGGAGAAACAAGUAGAAGAGAGUUCUGCUUUGGCCCAUGAAGUGAUGGAAAUAGAUGCAAGCAUGAAACAAAUUGAAGAUUCUACACAGCAAGAGAAAAGUGAUAGUUCAUCAGCAUAUCAAGGGAAAUGCAUACUAAACAGUUCUGCCAUUCUUUCAGCAGAGGAAGAUUCUUCACAUAACACUGCUCUGAAUAAUAAUUCUCCUGCCACACAGACUCCCAUCACAACUGUGGUAAUGACAGCAGAGGAUAUCCCUUUAACCAAUAAACUGAGCACAACUGCUCCACUACAUUUUAGCCAAACAGGAGGAAAUAUAGUUAUGCCCUCAGAGAAGCAACUCCAAGAUGUUGAGGUGCCUGAUUUAGACAAACAAAUUUCUUGCAAUAUUUCUUCUGCAAGUCUUGUGUCAGAGCAGACAGACAAGCAGCCUACAGGCUCAGUUUCACAAGUGAAAGAACAUGAGAGCCUUUCAAAUUAUUCUAGCCAGCAAGAUAAAAGUUAGAAAGAAAGUAAAUAGAUAAGUAGAAUGUGGUGAUCCAUGAAAAACUAUGAUGUGUUACAAAUAUGGAACUAUUUUGUGUACCUACCAAAGAAGGGAGUAGCUUCAUCCAUUUCCAGAACCUUGAUGCCAGACUGUACUACAAAUCCCUCUGAGAUUCCAAGUUUUAUUGGAAACUUGAUAGGCAAUAGAUAAUAGGAAACAUCUGUCUGAGAUGAAAGGAAGUUGCUAAUUGAUUAUUAUGACUGCAUAAACAAAAAAUAAAUUUUGUUGAAUAUUGAUAAUAGACAUAGAAUAGAUGAGUCAGUAGAUAUUCAGAAAACAUAUCAGAAGAGCUAAAUGCGGCUGCAUUUACCUUGAUAAAAUGUUAUGCUUAAUCAUUUUGUGUUUAUUGCUCUCAUUCACCAAAUACAUACUUUAUAAAUCCAUGGUAUGUUAUAUAAGAUGCAGGUGUUGCUCAAUAAUGGUAACAUAACC